AUCCUACAAUCGAACAAAAAUAUACGAGUGCUAAACAACAACGAAAAUGCUUAUCUUGCUGUCGACGCUGAUAGCGCUUUCGAUUGGACUGGCCGUGUACGUUUACCAACAGUUCGCGAACCGGCUAUACUAUGCGGCAAAGAUUGGAGGUCCUAAGGCUUAUCCCAUCGUAGGGAAUUCGAUCCGCUAUGGCACCAAAUCACCGGCAGAUUUUCUUCUGGAAGUGCAGAAAUCGAACGCAGAAUGUGGAAAGUGCUACCGAUUGUGGAUUGGGCCGGAUUUGAUUUUCCCAGUCACCGAUGCCAAACUUGUGGAGGCCCUCCUUAGCAGUCAAAAAUUCCUGGACAAAUCGGUGCAGUACGACUUCAUUCGCCCUUGGUUGGGCGAUGGAUUGCUCACCAGUACCGGCCGGAAAUGGCACUCACGACGCAAGAUUAUCACUCCGACCUUUCACUUCAAGAUCCUGGAGCAGUUUGUCGACAUUUUCGAUCAACAGAGCAACAUCUUCGUUCAGCAGCUCAAGUCAGUCGCAGCCAGUGGAGAGGACUUUGAUGCAUUUCCAAAGGUUACCCUAUGUGCACUGGAUGUAAUAUGUGAAUCGGCUAUGGGAACAACGGUCAACGCACAGCUCAACUCGGACUCGGCAUACGUGAGAGCUGUAAAAGACAUGGCCACCGUUGUUAUGGCUCGGUCGUACAAAGCCUUCGCCCGGUUUGAUUUCACGUUUUAUUUUACCCCUUAUCGAAAGAUGCAAGAUAAGGCUUUGAAAAUCCUCCACGAUUACACGGAUAGCGUUAUCCGGUCGCGUCGCCAAGAGCUAACACAAGCGGCCAGUCAAAAUGGUAAAUCCACAGACGAAAACGAAAAUGACGUUGGAAUUCGCAAGAAGACGGCCUUUCUGGAUAUGCUGCUGCAAGCCAGGGUGGAAGGGCGACCAUUGAAUGAUUUGGAUGUCCGUGAGGAGGUUGACACUUUUAUGUUUGAGGGUCAUGACACUACUACCUCGGCCAUAUGCUUCUUGAUAGGAAUCUUAGCGAAACAUCCGGAUGUACAGCAGAAAGUCUACGAAGAAGUUCAGACCGUGAUUGGCGACGAUCCGACCACGCCUAUCACUUUGUCGAAGUUGAACCAACUCAACUACCUCGAUUUGGUGAUUAAGGAAACCCUUCGUUUAUACCCUUCUGUACCGAUCUUCGGCCGGAAACUGUUAGACAAUCAUGAAAUCAAUGGAACUGUAUUCCCAGCCGGAUCGAACCUGGUUAUUUUCCCAUACUUUAUGGGUCGUGAUCCGGACUAUUUCGAUAACCCGCUGGAAUUCCGACCGGAACGGUUUGCCGUCGAAACGUCGGCCGAUAAAGCAAACCCCUACCGCUAUGUUCCGUUCAGUGCCGGACCGAGAAAUUGCAUCGGGCAGAAAUUUGCCGUAGCGGAAAUUAAAAGCUUGAUCAGUAAAACCUUGCGCCACUAUGAGCUGUUACCUCCGAAGCAGCCCAAAUCGGAGAAAAUCAUCGCCGAGAUGGUGCUAAGACCGGAAGGAGGCAUUCCAGUGAGAGUGAAGAAACGGGUUCUGUAAACCGGGAAUGAAGGUGUUUGACUUGUUAUACUGACAU